AUGUAUGUGAGUUAUCUUUUGGAAAAAGAAGCCAACAUGUAUCCAGGGUCCAUAAGGUGCAGCAGCAACAGCAGCAGCAGUAACAACCUGCCAGCACAAAAUUUUGCCUCCGCCACACCCUACGCAGAUUAUAUGGGAUAUCAUCCUAUGCAAAAUAUGGAUCACCGUGGACAGCCUUCAGGGUCUUGGGGAGUACAACAUUAUGGCCUGCCCAGGGAGGAUUGGAAUGCUUAUGGCCCAGGACCCUCCGGCACGGUGACCCCCACGCAAAUGAAUGGAUCCUCUCCUGGGCAGGUUUCCUACAGUUCUGCUGAUUACAGCUCCCUGAAUCCAGCUGUAUCGGGGGCUUUGCCUCCUGUUAAUACAAUCAAUACAGAACAAAUCUCUCCCCACAGCCAAAGACACAGCUCUUAUGAAUGGAUCCGGAAAACAGUCCAAUCCACUUCGACAGGCAAAACAAGAACAAGAGAAAAGUACCGCGUCGUUUACACAGAUCAUCAGAGACUGGAACUAGAGAAGGAAUUCCAUUACAACAGAUACAUUACAAUCAGGAGGAAAUCUGAACUUGCCGCAAAUCUAAGACUUUCAGAGAGACAGGUAAAAAUCUGGUUCCAGAACCGCAGAGCCAAAGAAAGAAAAUUAAUGAAGAAGAAAAUGACAAAUUUUGAUGGGAGCAGCCUCAGCUCCAUCCAGAGUGACUCUGGUUCAAUGAGUCCUAUCCCGAUUCCCGACCCACAGACUCAUUCAGAAAUGGCUGGUACUUUAUUCCCACCCCCACCCCCACCACCCCCUCCUCUUCCAAUGAAUGGCUUGCAGCACAAUGGGAAUCUCCAGGAAGUUGUGGCAUCUCAGUGA